CGGAAAACCCAACAAACCCAGAGAUGAGCGCCGGGGCAAGCAACCAGAAGUUUGUCUACACAUAAAUUGCAGCGGUCGGGUGUUUGAAUGACUUUGCCAGGAAAUGUGUUAAGAAGCGCCGUCCAAUUGCAGAGUGGAGCGACAGCUCGGCUCAGAAAAUGAACCCCGUCAGAGGAGACGACCAGGGGUUUAAGGAAUCUGACCCGUUAAGAUCCCGCAGGCGAGGACCAUGACACCCGGAGGCUGGAUCCGCUUCCUGACUGGACUCCUGUCUCUGGCUUGGGCUGUGGGUCACGACCACCAGAGGGAGGCAGACACCUACCACGUGAGCGCUGGCCACUUGUUUCUGCUGAGUUGCCAGAUUGCCGGUGUUCACUCCGAGGUGGAGUGGAGCAGAGGGGCGCGGGGCGGCGAGCGGCUCCCCGGCGGGGUGGAGGUCAGAGGCGGGACGCUGUGGUUUCUGCCCGUGCAGGAGACGCACAGCGGAAGCUACGUCUGUGAAAACAGGAAUAAAACGAAACCAUCAAAAAGACGGUUCAGAGUUCUGGUGUCCGGGUCGAGCUGCCCGGAUCCAAGCGAGGAGAUUUUGGCGACAGAGGAAACAAGUGAAGGUCUUCAGUGCAAACAGACCGAGGUCUUCAGACUGAACCUCCCGAGGAAAAUACGAUGGACGAAGGACUGUCAGCAGGUGCAGCCGGAUAGAGAGUCCGUCUAUCUGAGCGCAAACGGCCUCAUGACGCUGGCGAAGGUUUCGGGGGCAGAUGCAGGAAAAUACACGUGCCACGUAGACGUCACCGUCGACGGCUGGAAUUACACUGCAGCACGCAGCGUCCAAUUGACUGUCAAAAACGAUACUCUGGACCUCUUUCCAGAGAUUCAUGUUGUGAGGCCCAAAAACGAGGUGGUCAUAGUUGAAGUGGGUAAGAGAGCAGAGCUGCACUGUAAGGCCUACACCGGCUUCAGUGAGGACGAAGAGAUCGUCAUGUUCUGGACCAUUGACGGGACGUACGCGAGUGACAUCAGCGGGCUUGUUGAGUCCUGGGAAUUUAUCCACGAAAGAGGCAAAGUAUUCGGUCAGUCCACUCUGUCCAUUGCUGUAGUCCGAAACGAGUUCCUGAACAUCCCCAUCAAUUGUCACAUCUCAAGCCCGGCUGAAGCGAAGGUCGGGGAGGUCCGGCUCCAGGAAGCUGACCCAACUGAACACAACAGGUUCUACAUGAUUGUGUCUCUCUGGCUCUCUGCCCUCUUUACCAUCCUGAUCCUGACGGCCUUCUUCCUCAUCUGUAAAGUCAACCUCUUCUUAGCAUACAGGGCACUUAAAACAUUGUUUUCUAAACAAGCUCCGGAUGGGAAACUUUACGACGCCUACGUGAGCGUCGGUCAGUCGGCCAUGCCGAGUUUGGACGGCGUGGCCCACUUUGCCCUGCGGCUCCUUCCAGAAGAGCUGGAGCAGAAACACGGCUACUCCCUGUACAUCAGAGGACGGGACGACCGCCCCGGAGAAGCUGUCCACGACGCCGUCUGUGCUGCGGUGCGCCAGUGCCGCCGACUGCUUAUCAUCUUGUCGUCUGCUGGUAAACUGAAGGAGAAUCACAACCAGCUGGCGUAUGAGCAGAAAGUUGGCCUUCAUGACGCUUUGAUGCGAAAUGAUCCCAAAGUUAUUCUGGUGGAAGUCGACGGUCCGGUGGAUUACAGUCAGCUGCCGGAGUCGCUGCGCUACGUCAAACGGACACAAGGAGCUCUGGAGUGGAAAAACUCGUUUGCCGAAACCGACAAACUGACUCAGAUUUACUUGAGGAGAAACUUUUGGAAGAGCCUGCGCUGCCGCAUGCCGGCUGCGCCUGCGCGAAGGUUGCAGAGCAUCGCUUGAAGCGGCGGACGGGCUUCCAUUUACCCGGAGGGUUUAAAGAUGGCAUCCAUCGGAAUCUCCGGUCUCCAGAAGCCGUCCACGCGCGGGGACUAAACGUUUGAGACGUUGUUGUCGUCGCAUGGAUUAUUUAUGUCAAACAACGUAUGCUUUCAUAAAGUAAAAGACGUUUUCUGAGCCGAGCCGAGUCAAACUACCAGCUACUGUACAGUUUUUAGGCAGCUUUCUGUUACGCUUAAUUGUUGACGCAUUUUAAAAGAUCCAUUCUAUUUUUUUUAUGAAAAAUAGCAGUUCGAACCAAGCACUAAAGUGGUGGUGAUAAGUGCCAUUUCUGAUAGCGAACAAUGAGUCUUAACAUCAAUACGAGGGGAAUCUGACCCACUCUUCUUUGCAGUUUUUUUUUUUUAUUUCAGCUACAUUGGAGGGUUUUCAGACAUUUUUUGUUGUCAACGGAUUGCACCAAGUUGUCCACAUUACACACAACUUGCACAACUUUGAAAACAAAUCUGAUCUCUUUUCAAGUAACAGAAAUAAUAAUAGCAAUAAUAAAAAAAUGUGGGACUAAAAGUAAUGAUAUUUCACCUAUCUUUUUAACAUUAAGCUGAUGUGGGUUAAUUACAAUAUUCUACACAAUGAGAAGAAAAAGUUUUGCGAGAAAACUUUGGCUGAUUGUUGGCUGCAUUGUUUUUUGUUUUGUUUCUUUUUGCUGAUGCGGGAAACAUGUGGAACACUAUUUUCCAAAGUGAUUUUGUCCAGGCAGCCUUCAUCACACUUUCAACUGGACUGAGCUCAUUAUGUCGUAAAUAUUGACUUUAAUGCAAAAGUUGGGGCUUUCCAUGGACUUCCAAUGCAACUUUUCGAGCAACUCUGCAUUAAAAGUGUCGAUGUUUACCGAAUGACACUUCAUGACGACAGAUUAAAAGACUCCUUCGCGUCAGUAUUAUUACCGAUAUUUGACUUUAAAUGAAAAAACAUUCAAACCACUGGUGGGUUUGAUGGAUGUAAUAUCUGUGUCUUUGAAUGUAAGUUCAGUUUUGUAAUGUAAGAGUUAAGCAUCACUGUGGGUGACUUUAAAGAGCCUCUGU